CGCUUUUGCUAACUUUCACAGAGUUUCCAAGCUAUAAAUAGCUUAGCGCGCAGUUCUCGCUCAAAUUUACAUGUGCUCCGUCGGACUCCACCACUCACUGAAGGCGUGCUCUAUUUCUGGAUUGCAUGGCGUCUCCCCGCACCUGGAAAUGGCCUCCUACAGCAACCAAACUGGGUUGCAAGGAGACACAGGGGCCAAAGUUCUCUCCUCUUAGAAGUGGGGAGGGCGAAGAUACCCAGGCUCACAGUCAGUUGGAAAAUUCUCAGAGCCACAGCGAGGCAGAGGAGACUCAGACUCACAGCGGCAUGGAAGACACUCGGAAUAGUAGUGAGGGGGAAGACAACCAAAGCCACAAUGAGGAGGAGGAUGCCGGGAGUCAGUCAGGAGGAAGAUACCCCGGAUCCUUUGAAAGUAGAAAGCUCAAAGUACAAAACACCUUCCACAGGUCUCGGAAAACUUUCUCAUACUCUCCGCUUGGACGCCGUCUACCUAUUUUUCCAAGAAAUUCGGGGCCACUCUGUUGUCGAGGAAAAGAAAGUCGCAAUACUUGGUGACAUGCGCUCGGCCUGCUAUGUCUCAUUACUCCACAUUCUCCCAACUACGGCUUCAAUCACACUUUUGGUCCUCAACUGGAAGGGCUAUUACAUAGGAGAUGAGCUGCAGGGGCCAGUAGGGCAGGAUGGACUGCGAUUCUUGGGUCUACAAUUUGCUUCAAAGAUGCUCGAAUUACUUGCUGUGGCCUCUCUCUCCACUAUUCUGUUUGCCUUAAUUCGUUCCCUGUUAAUAUACGACACUUUGCCUUUUGGAGCCAUGACUACUGGAUUUGAGUUCAACAAUAUAUCCUUACUUUGGUCCAAGGAAUUUGUUGCCACCUGUGGUGCUACAACAUUCUCUUCCUCGCGCACAAAAAUUCUUUUGGUUUCAACAAUCGUUGUCUUUACCAUUCUUGGUGCGACCAUCGGACCCUCAGCGGCCGUAGCCUCUCAGCCAGUUCUUCGCAACUGGCCAGGAGGGGGGACGGUGUUUUGGCUGAACGCAACGUCUCAAGAGCUAUGGCCGUCGCAUUUGGAUGGAGUGGGAUUGCCAGACUUACCUUGCAUUUCUUCCCAGAAUGCUUCGUGUGUUCCACCGAAUUAUAGCCUUCUUGCUAUGGAAAUGCUCUCUUUCUGGCCUUCUCCCUCCUCGGUAUCUGCUGAUGGUGGGACUGUUCCAAGGCUUAUGCCAGAGAAAGCUUCAAUCUCAGGUCGUUAUUCCGUUCAUACCUUGGAAGCGCGAUUUAUCGGACCCUUUGUCUACCAUCCUCAUUUAACUUCUGCUACAACGCCCUCUGCUGCGGUUGCAGAUGCUCUCUCUCAAGUGGCAAGAUAUUGGAACAAUGCAAACACACAUCAAUGCUAUGUUGGCAAAACCUGCUUCCAUUACUACAAUGACAUAUCCUAUACAGUCAACGCUUUGCAGCCACUCACUUUCGUCAGAUGCUCCGCGAGCGACAUCAACGCUACUAUACAGUUUCCAAGACUCGAUCAAGGAAUUGAAAAGUAUCCACUGGUCAACUACAGCAGUACCACAAUUGGGUCUCAGCAAUGGUUUGAUGCAGCCACUAGUAACGGAUCAAACCCGGGUUUAAGCUGGGUCGAACUUCCAGCAGCAGACUUUGGGCGAGCCUCUGUAGGUGCAGCCGUCGCACUUCCUGGGACCAAAACCAAAACCGGCGAAGAGGGAGGCCAAAUUCUCGCUUGUACAAUCGAUGCACGAUGGGCUAAUGCCACUGCGGCAAUCUCAUUUCUGGGUGGGCCGAUGAUAGUCUCUGGAACACCAGCUCUGUGGCUCGGUGGAGCACAAUAUCAACUUGAUUCAACUGGAUUGCCAUUGUGGCCCCAAGUUACAAUCGCUCCUGCAUGGGCAGAAUCAAUAAGCUCAAUCGUUACGGAUUCCUCAGAGUCAGUUUUCACGUCGCUUUGCAAUAGCAUAGGACGUCUUGGCAAUGUAUCAAAGGCAGUAUCUCCCAUCAACGCUGUCGAAGCUAUCCUUGCGGUAAUGAUAACUGAUGGUCUUGCGCGGACGAGCAGUCUGGCUACAAUCCUUGGAUCUUUGAAGGGUCUCGACAACGGAGAAUGGAUUCAUGAGUUUUUACCCAAGGACACGGUCUUUGGUACUGGUGGCUCAGCCUUCAAUUACACUUAUCAGCAAGGAGAUCAAUCUACGAAGUUUGAAUCGAGAACCGCCGUGAACGGCUAUGGCUACGGAAUUACAGCGGCACCCCUCUUGUCGACGCUGGUAUUAUUCAUCUACAGCUUAAUUGCCACAAUCUAUGUCGUCCAUUCAUUAUGUUUUGCAAAGAUGACAUCGAGUUCUUGGAAGUCAAUCACAGAACUGGUGGCCUUGGCUGCGAAUUCCACACCAUCAUCGGUGUUGAAGAACACUGGGGCGGGAAUAGCAACACUGGGGAUACUCAAGCAGCCGGUCAAGAUUGGUGUUAUUGAUAAUCGUCUCCAGAUGGUUUUUGAUGACAGAGAAGACGCGGAUGAAAUCAAGCAGAACGAAUAUUACGGCUGAUCUUAUUUCGAUUUGAAAUCUCACCAAAUGCCCACAGUGCGGCUACGUUGAGUUUGGAUACGGUAUGCCAUAAAUAGAGGCAAGGAGGAAGACUGUAGGCUAAAUAAAGCACCUGGGUUUCCGUUCUCUGCACAGCUGCUUUGAACACGAGGAUCGCUACAUUUUCUGGAAAUUUUCCCCCAGUCCCGUAUAUUAAAGCACCUAUUACAUUCAAACGAUGCUAAUUGUUACGGCACUGGGCUGGGCGUACUGUCCC